UUUCUUCCGAUAUCUUCAGUGUCAGACAUUGACAAGAUCUUAUCCUUGAGUAUAAAUGUAGUUGAUUCACCCCGAAGUGAAAUUAGUAAUUGUGUUGUUUCUUUUGGGAAAUCACAAUUAAAUUAAAAGAAUAUUUUAAAAUGUUUAAAUUGUUCGGUUUGUUAGCCAUUAUUUUGGCUGUGGCCACCGCUGAAGUGGUCCGUGUACCAAUUCACAAGCAUGAAAACUUCGUCAAGACCAGCAAGGAUAUACGUUCCGAAAAAGCUGUUUUACGCAACAAAUACAAGUUGCCCCAACCUCGUGAUGUCACCGAUGAACCUUUGGAAAAUUCCCUGAACAUGGCAUACUAUGGUGACAUUACCAUUGGUACACCACCCCAGAAGUUUGUUGUCUUGUUCGACACUGGCUCCUCCAAUUUGUGGGUUCCCUCUAGCCACUGCUGGAUCUGGGAUAUUGCCUGCAAGAAACACAACCAAUAUAACCACGAUGACUCCACCACCUACGUCAAGAAUGGCGAACAGAUCUCCAUCUCUUAUGGCUCUGGCAGCAUGAGCGGUUUCUUGUCGCAAGAUGUUGUCACCGUUGAAGGAUUGGCCAUUAAGAACCAAGUAUUCGCCGAGGCCAUGAACGAACCCGGUAACAGUUUCACUGAUUCCAACUUCGAUGGUAUUUUCGGCAUGGCUUACCAAUCAUUGGCCGAAGACAAUGUUGUGCCUCCCUUCUACAAUAUGUACUCUCAAGGUUUGGUCGAUGCCAAUAUGUUCUCAUUCCUUUUGAACCGUGAUGGCACCUCUACCGAUGGUGGUCAAUUAAUUUUGGGUGGUGUUGAUUCCAGCUUGUACACCGGUGAUAUUACCUAUGUUCCCGUCUCCACUCAAGGUUACUGGCAAUUCGAAGUUACCUCUGGUGCCAUUAAGGGCCAAAGCAUUUGUGAUAACUGCCAAGCUAUUGCUGAUACCGGCACCAGCUUGAUUGUUGCUCCUUCCGAUGCUUACAAUACCCUGAACACCGAAAUCGGUGCCACUUACAAUGAGGAUGAUGGCAACUACUAUGUUGAUUGUUCCGCCAUUGAUAGCUUGCCCGAUGUCACUUUCGUCAUUGGUGGUACCACCUUCACUUUACCUGCCAGUGCCUACAUUGUUACCGUCGAUGGUAAUUGCAUGUCUUCUUUCACCAACAUGGGUACUGAUUUCUGGAUUUUGGGUGAUGUCUUCAUUGGCAAAUACUACACCGUCUUUGAUUUCGCCAAUAACCGUGUUGGUUUUGCUGAAGCUGUAUAAAAGGUGUGUCUGAAAUGAAAAUAUCUAUAUUUGUUUUGGAUUUUAGAGUAUGUAAAUAAAUGAAUAUUGAAAACUAUUUAAAAAUAAAA